AUCAGCCCUAACAUUUCCUUCAACAAUCUGCCAUUUAUGGCGGCAUAUUUAACUGGUCCUCGAUGCCACCAGCUCAAGGGGGUUCCAGAUCAAGGUAGACUCUGCAGGACCAUCAUCUCCGGGACCCCAGGAACUGGCCCGAUAGUAAGUUGUCUGUCAAGGUUGAGGAAGUUUGCUAUAUUCCCUCAUUACAAGAGAAAGAAUACAAGACACAGCCACAUGCGCAUAGCCCAAAUGCUAUUAGGAUCCCACAGUCACAAGAGAUGAACGUUGCGGCAUUUACCAGCAUAACAUAAGACGAAGGGGCUCAGCACAUAUAGUACACCAUGAAUAACGAAACACCUUCCGGCAUAUCCGCCAUUUCUUGGGGCCAACCAAAAUCCGUUCCAUCCCUCCCCUACUGCCGCAGCCUUGCUCUUUGGUUCUUUGUUCAACUUCCACAAGACCUGUGAGGCGAUGCACUGUCGAGCGGUUACGCUUUGCAUUCCCAUGAUCCGGAUACCUCCGGAAUCCAAAUACUAUGCUGUAAGUGUCUCCGAUUGCUAAUGGAAUGAGUCCCAUAUCGUGAUAUGUAUAUCCCUCAGAAAGCCAACGCACGUCAUCGUGUUCUCUUUGUAUGUUAUUGGUGCAUGGGUUGUUGUUGCUUGUGCUCGAUAAGAGCAUAAAUAUGGGUUCCUGUCUUUACCUGGAGGAAUUUUAGGAUUGCCACAGCCAAAGCACAAUCAAGCAAAUUAAAGCAUUCAAUACAAGAAAUCAGGGCAGCAAGCUCGAAUAUCUGGUACCAAUCAAACAACUACAUCCAACGUCUACACAAAUGGCACAAGCAUUUAACGGCCUGGCCAUGGACCAACCCGAAGGCAGCAGCAAAACCAAUCCAUACGCUGCGGAAGCCUGGCUGGAACCAUGGCUCAUCAAACAUUCUGGGUUUUAUCGAAGGCACCUUGCGCAUGGCCGUACCGAAAGUAAGGCAACACGCCGUCACAGCGAGGUAUCUGAGGCAUUAGACUCGAGACAAAACUCGGUCGCUGACGCCGAGCCCGAACCUGAGCAUCGGCUCGAAACUGAGGCCGCAACAACAGCCGCCAUGCCAGUCCCGCUUGAACAACAUAGUCUAACGGAAGCAGUUGCCGAUGAGGCUCCGGCUCAGGCGGUCGAAGUCACAGCCGAGAACAAGACGAAGGAGGCAGCGGCGAGGCACAGCUGGCGGAAGCAUCUCAGGUGGUUCCCUCAUCCUUGAAGCAAGUUGUCGAGUCUCCUGCAUUGAUGCCUGGCUAAAGAGCAUCUGUGUAAAUCCAUAACGAGUUGGUGGGAGUGCAUGCUCAAGGCGUGUCGAAGGUCAGAAUCUAUACCCGGACGGAAUGUUAUCAGGUUAUUGCGGUGUAAGGCUUGGGCUUGAGUCGUACGGAGUCUGCCUUUAGAAAUGUAAUGCUCAGCGAGCACACAUUGAAUCUUAAGGAUAAUUUCUACUCGCCGUCAUGCACGGUCAAUAUGAGUUCCGUCAACUUGGCAAUGCAGUCUGAUCACUAGGCCUGGGAAAGGCGGGGGAGCAUUGCAAGGAUUAUCGCGAACCUAGGAUGGUGCCUUAGAUCCACUUCCC